GCUUCCAAGGCAUGCUGGUACUUGCAUGUAUUACAGAAGCUGAUUAAAAUAUCUUCUUUCUGGACAGAGGCAGCAACCGUCUCGUGUAACUUUCCUUGAAGAACCAUGGGUUUCUACUUGUUCCUAUCUGCCAUGAUUGCGUGUGUAUACGCCGGUCUGGCCGACGCGGGCAAGUGUCCGGCUAAUCACACCAAGAUGUUGAAGAAAUGCACAGAGAAGAUACAGGUGAACAUCCAGUUGGCUGAGGGACACAAGUUCAUCACGGAUCCUGAAUACACCAAGAAGUUGUGCGAGGGCGGAGAGGUGGACCAGGCCAUCAGCUGCAUGGAGACCGUCUACAGCGAUUGCUCUGAGGAGGGGAUGGAAGACUUUGAUUUGCUCGUCAAUCCCAAAAGCUGGCGGUCCGCUAUGAAGGAGAUCUGCAAGAACAAAAAAUGUCAGUACCGUUUGAGGUCGCUUCCACGACAGAAUGAGUUCCAUUCAAAACGUGGAGUUGUACGAGCCAGUUCUCCAAAGAGACAUGUUGAGUUUCAUUCACCUGAUGAAGGAAUAAGAACAUCUGUGUAA